AUGAAAGAUUUAAGAAAAUUGUCUGCAUGGUUCCUUGGUUUAGAGUUCAUUUUUGAAGAAGGUAUGAUUAAAAUUAAUCAGACACAAUAUAUGUUGAUAUUCGGUUUUGAGCCCGCAGUCGGGAGUCCAAGCGGGCGCGCAUGCGUAAGUGGUUGUUCUUAAAAAGCAUGGCGAGUUAUUUGAGCUUAAUACAGACUUGUAGUCCCUUUUAACAUGGUGGCAGCGAUGUAUCCUUAAUUAUCUUAAAGAUCCUUAGUAUUUUGUGAGUAUCUAUAUUUAUUUAAAUGGAAAUGGCACAAUUUCAUCUACCUUCAUCGCUCGAUCUGACAGACCGUAAUCUGGCAGAUAGCUUUAAGGAAUGGAAACGUCAGUUACAGUUUAUAUGGAAGCUAGUGGGAAUAAUAACAAGCCGAAGCAGCGACAAACGGCUAUUAUAUUACACUGUGCAGGCCCGCAAGUCCUUGAGGUUUAUGAUAAUUUUGAAUUUGAAGGAGAAAAUGACAAAAAUAAUCCUGUUAAAGUGCUCGAAAAACUAGAGGAAUAUUGCAAUCCACGACAAAAUGAAGUUCUCCAAUCCUUUCGCUUUUGGCAAGUGUCUUUCCAAAGACCUUUUGACACAUUCCUAACAAAGUUGUACUCUUACGCUGAUUCAUGCAAUUUCAAGGAAAAAGAAAGACUGAUACGAGACAAGAUAGUCUUCACUGUAACCGGGGAGCAACAAGAACUGUUAUUACGACUCGAGAGACUAGUUUAGACUUGAAGAAAGCUGUAGAAAUAUGCAGACCCUAUGAGAUCGCCUCGAGAAAUAAAAAGGAAAUGAGUGAAAGCAGUCAACUGCAGAAGAUUGAGCAGAUAGCUGAUACGAAAUGCUCAAACUAUGCAUCAAAGCAACAUCCUGAACGAUAAAAGAACAGGAAUAACGCUCACAUCCUGAAAGGGUUCAAUUUUUGUGGAAAGUCUCAUCAAGCCAUUAAGACCAAGUAUCCCGCCUGGGGAAAACUCUGUAACCAUUGUAAAGGCAGAAACCAUUGUGAAGUCAAGUGCAAGAAAGUACACACACUAGAGACAAAGAGCAACUCUGAUGAAUCUGAUGACCCCGAUACCAACUGGCUUCCAACUGUGGAAGUUCCCAAUAAAACCCGUGCCACUGCUCUGAUACAAGUAAAUGACUGUGACACAAUAUAUGUUGAUAUUCGGUUUCGGCAGAUUUCAGCUUGACACUGGAGCCGAUGUGAACACACUGUGCCAAACGUUUGUACGACCAACACACGUGGAACACACCACACAGAAAUUAAUCAUGUGGAACAAGUCCACGGUCAACACAUUGGAAGAAACUACCCUGAAGAUCACAAAUCCAAAGAAUGAAGAAGAAACCGUGUUCGAUUUUAUUGUUGUCCCAAACAAUUAUAGCUGUCUUCUAGGACUCUCAACUAUCCAACAAAUAGGACUACUUACAAUCAAUGAUGGCAACUUCAUAACCCAUAUAAGCACUGACGCUAAUCAGUUAGGAUCGUUUGGAGAAACACAACUGCAUGUUGAUCCAAAUGUCCCACCAAGAGCACUUCCAUGUAGGAAACUGCCACUAGCAUUGCAAGAGAAUGUUAAGGAGGAACUUAACCACUUAGUUGAAGCUGGCGUACUGGUACCUGUGAAAGAACCAACUGCUUGGGUAAGCCAAAUGGCAGUUGUAAAGAAACCAAACGGAUCUUUAAGAAUCUGUAUUGACCCACAACCAUUAAAUGCAGCCCUGCAAAGAGAGCACUACAAGCUACCAACACUAGAUGAUGUUCUACCUAGUCUCAGCCAAGCACGAGUAUUUAGCAAACUCGACGUGAAACAAGCCUACUGGAAUGUCCAACUGGACAAUGAAUCUAGCUUACUCACCACCAUGAUUACACCAUUUGGACGAUACAGAUGGGUCCGGCUCCCAUUUGGGCUCAAGGUCAGCAGCGAAAUAUUUCAACGAAAGCUCUAUGAGGCACUUGUUGGUCUCAUUGGUGAGAUAUGCAUUGCAGAUGAUCUGGUUGUGUAUAUAUGGGAGUGGCAACACAAGAGAAGAAGCUGAUUCUGAUCAUGAGCAGAACCUCCUGGCACUGCAGGAAAGAUGCGCAGAGAAGAGAGUCAAGAUGAAUGAUGAGAAAACUGUCCUGAAGCAGACAGAAAUCAAUGUUAUGGGCCAUAUUAUCGCCAAAUGAAGGAGUCAAAGCAGACAAGUCAAAGGUAGAGGCUAUCCUUGACAUGCCGGCCCCCACAGAUGUACAUGGAGUGAAGCAGCUAUGUGGAAUGAUUCAGUAUCUGGCUAAGUCUUUGCCCAACCUUGCUGGUGAUUUGCAACCCAUUCGAGAGCUGACGAAGAAGGAUGUGGAGUGGAACUGGUCAACAGAGUGUCAAGAAGCAUUCCAGAAGGUCAAGGAAAAGAUCACAAACACUCCUUUGCUCGCAUACUUUGAUUCCAACAAGGAGCUACUGUUGCAAGUAGACAGCAGCAAAGACGGACUCGGAGCAGCUCUGAUGCAAGAUGACAAACCAAUUGAAUAUGCCUCAAGAGCACUGAUCCUGCUGAACGGAAUUGGGCGCAAAUUGAAAAAGAAACCCUAGCUGUGGUGUUCGGUCUUGAACGAUUUUACCAGUAUACGUAUGGCAGAAAAGUCAUAGUACAGAAUGACCACAAGCCUCUGACCUCAAUCCUGAAGAAACCUCUGAGCCUGACCCCAAAAAGACUACAAGCACUGAUGCUACGAGUUCAUCGCUAUGACAUUGAAUUUCACUACAUCCAAGGAAGUCAACUUUUUAUUGGCGACACCCUCCGCCGAGCUUUUCUUGAUGUUCCUGACGCACAGGUGAGAGUCAUGAAAGUAAACGCUUUGAAAGGAGUGCCAGAUGAGCGAAUCCGGGAGCUACAAGCGGCUACCGCACAGGACCAAUGUAUACAGUCUCUGUUGAACACUAUAAAAGAUGGUUGGCCAGAAAGCAAGAAGGAUGUACAAAAUGAUCUGAGGCCAUAUUUUGAUGUGCGAGACAAAUUGAACAGGAGAGUGGGAAUAUGGCGUCGAGUAUUGGGGUUUAGCAUCACCAGUCUCAAUACUAUGUUCGACAUGGUUAACUCCGCAGAAUGGAGCUCCUGGUAACAUAAAAAAAUGGGCGUGAUCGCGAAUAAGAAACUCAAGUUCAGUUCUUUGGGUGGUGGUGAGAUUGCAAUUGUCAUGCAAAUGGAUGGCUUCAACAACCAUAUCUUUGUAAUCUUCAGACAAUGGAUCUAAUGUGGUGUCACUUCACUUAAAGGAGGUAAAUCACGGCUCUCAUCACUCAAUAUCAAAUGAUUUGCACGGUAAAUGUUAGUUAAUUGACUAAAACUUGGUUCACUGUUUUUACGAAAUGCAUUAUUCAUCUCUUUCUGGGCAUGGAGUGGGUUAAAACUUUGAAAUGGAUGGGGUAAAUUAUCAUGACAAACUUUUGCUUGCUUGUGUUGAGCUUUACGGUAAAGGUUUUGAUGUAAUUGUACUUGCUCAAAUUGUUCAACCACAGCUUCACAAGCCAUAUCUGAGGCUGUUUCGGAUGCUGCUUUUGAGAAGUCAGCUUGAUGUUCAUCAGUCAUUUGUGUGAUGUCGGCAAUCACACCAACAGGUAAAGUCUCGGUAUGCUUGCUUUGAUUAUAUACAGCAAGGUUGACAUAAAACUUCUGCUCUGGUUCAAUUUCUACAUUGUUGGGUUCUUCAAGAAACUUGCUACUACUGCAUUUAACAUUGACAAAAGUGGUCUUAAAUGCAUUAGUCUCGUGCUGUAUUUGAUCAAGGUUAAUCGGACCAGGAAUAACAUGUGCAUAUGUAGGGGUAAAAAGAGGACUAGAUUCAAUCCAACUUCCAUUACCCAAUGACUGUAUUGUGUCGGCUAUCAUACUAGACAAGGCAGGUGAAAGGAUCAUACUACCAAUAGUAGCAACAAUUACACAGACUUUGAUAAUGUUAAUACCAGGUGAUAAUUUUUGAGAGGUUUCUACUACUGCACUCAAGGAUACGACAUUGGUUUCGACUCUUCCAGAAGGACGGACAGGAGGUUCCCGUGGGCACUUUACAGCAAAUUUCAUUUGGGGAUGUUUAAAACUUACAAUUCGUUCUUGGUGUUUAACAAUUGCAUCUGUGGCUUCUAUAUGAUUGUUACCAAACAAAACAUGCCAAGGUAACUUGGGUACAACCAACAUGGUAUGUACUGAAGAUUUUCCAGGGCCCCAGGUUAUAGGAAUAUCUUGUAGGGCGAUCCCUUGUAAAACAGCAUCUUCAUAAUUAGAAACAUUAAUUGCAACUGGCUUGGUAAGCUUAGUCAUUUUCAGGUCUGGAUGCAUUUGUUGGACACGUUCUGCAUGGAUCAAACUACAAAGCGACACUGAGCAACAACUAUCAAGAGGCGGCGAAAGUUCAACACCGGCUGAUUAGACUUCGCCCACAUUAUAAACGUCUUGCUCAAGUCAGGAAUUUCAACAGAAUCAGCUGCAACGAAUGGCAUGCCAAAUAGGGGAUAAUCACUGGCUGGUGGGUUAUUGUCAGCAGGGGUGGUGGGUGGGGUAGGGGGUUUUGGAUUUGGAAGUACAGUUUCCAAUUUAGAGCAAAGACUAUCAAAUUAUGCCUGAAACUUACUUGAUAGCUUUUCUUUCAGUUGGCUUUGUGUAGGCAACUUAUCUUCUUUAUGUAACAGUUAUUUACAUCCAUUCUUUUUGCAAACCAGACACACAUGUUGUGGAUGAAACUUGCAUUGAUUAUCAGGAAGUAAGCAGCGAGGAACAGCUCGUUGAUUCCACUGGAGGCAGGCACACUUCGGUUUGACUGGAAGUAUUUCGUUCUUGGUUUGUCCCAGGAUUGUACAAAACAGGACAGUUUCUUUUGAAAGGACAAGGUUGAUUACAGUUGUAACAGGAUUUGGGUUUUAACAUAGCUUUGUCUUCACGAAAUGGGUCAAAAUAGUCUACUAAAAGGAGAGGUAAUGGGGGAAAACUUUGUUCAAAUCUGUUAGCAGCGUCAAUUACUUCCGAUAGAGAAGAAUACUUGGAGUCUCGGCUCAUCAGAGCUUUCCCAAUUUCCGGUCGAAGAUGUCUCAGGUCGAUAUCAUCAUUCGUGCCUGUAUAGUGUAUUCCAGGAAUACAUUUAUCGAGUUCGUGUUGAAUGUCACAAAAUCGAUGAGCAAAAGUUGAAACAGGUACUGCUUUACUUUGUCGGAGGUUGUAGUCGACUUGAAGUAAUUCACGUAUACGUUCAUCUUUAGGUUUUCCACGUUUCUUAACUAACGAUGCUUUGACAAGGUUAAAGUACGUUUCAUACUGUUCCAUAGUAAUAUUGGUAGGGUCCUCUCCAAGAGCAUGUUUACAUUCUUCUUCAGCAAACACAACAGAAUCAUAAGCACGUAAAUCUUGCAGUACCUGUUGUUUAAGAUUGGUUGUCCAAUGUUUAGCUGCAAAUCCAGAAGAUUUUAAUAGCGUCGUAAGCUGGUCAAAAAAACCAGGGUUUAUUUUAAGAAAAGUUUAGAACUGCACAUAUUAGGGAUGUUACGAAGCAUCACGUUUUUGACUAGGGGAUCAAAGGAUGUUUGACUGCAUGGCUAUGGGGGUCAAAGGAUUUUUAUCUGCAGUAUAUUUAAAGUUGUAAAUGUAUAGUUAGCGUUGCAAAUUAUGAUAUUAUACUCUUAAUUUGUAUAUUGGUGACAGAAUAAAGGUGUGGUUGGGUGAGCCAGACAAACUCGAUUCCGGAUGGGGAAACUUUGGGGGUGUCCCCCCAAAUUUUGAAUUUAGAGGCUCGUAAGUUCCGAAAAAGAUUUGUUUCACCCAACCAUCCACAAAAACUGUUUCAAAACAUGUAACUGGAAAUCAUGAAUACUCAAUAUAUAAUAACCUUAGGCAGUAAAGAAUAUUAUGUUCUCCAACACUAAUCUCUUUUGGAUAGCUUCGCUCGCCCCAACGUUACCUCCUGUCCCAUUACCCCAGCACGUAUGUGAUUUGUGAGGAAAUUAUGAAGGUCUGGUGGUCCUCUCCGAGAAAACAUUUAGAUUUUUGAUGCUCAAUGACAGCAUUUCUGGCAUCUGGAGCAUCCACUAAAUGAGAAGACUGUUUUGAGGUUAUAUUUUUGUUAAUUUGGUGACUGCACAUUUGAGUUUUAAGGACUGCACAAAUGGGUUUAGAACUGCACAUUUUGUGUAGAACUGCACGUUAAAAUAAACCCUGAAGAAAACGGUCAAGUUGUUCGUCAGGCUUACCUGUAUAGCGAGGUAAAACCACUUGAGUCAACUUCAAAGUGUCAACAUGGCUUGAACUUGGCGAAUUGGUGGCUAAAUUGCGACGGUUUUCGCGAGUGCUUCGAUGUGUUGUCGAUUUGCUCCUUGGGCAUCGUAUUGGUUUGUAAGCUGAGACUUUACCACGUCAGCUAGUCCUUUAUUGAUCCUUCGGAGUUCCUCAACUGUCACCAUACUGUAUUUAGUUCUUGUUACAAACGAUGUAAAAAAUCCUCUAAAAUUCUGUUAAAACGAUUUGCAUCCUCCACCAAUUGUAGUAGUCAGAGUGUAUAAACAUACACUUUAUUAAUAUCCACAACAAUAUAAACAAUACAUGAACAAUCAACGAAAUAAUAUAGUUUUUCUUCUACGACAUUAUCAUAAUAUAAACUAGCGGCCAUUGAGUCCAUGUGCUCUGUCUCCACCUGUUCGCAGGUUGUCUUCCCUAAAAUCUUACUACAAGGAUGAAUUCCUAAAAAAGGGCCCUGAUUGGAAAACUUUCUGAAGGAUUGUUCAAAACUCUAUCUGAUAGACCUUACGCAUAAUGACGUCACAAGGCUUGAUGCCCGCGAGGAAUGCGGGUCUCAGUAGUCAUCGCCCGGGAAAAUUAAACAAUUCAAAAUGGCCACUAUCGAAAUUUUCCCGGGCUACGACUAUUAAGACCAGCAUUGCUCGCGGGCAUCAAGCCUUGCGACGUCAUUAUGCAUAAGGUCUAUUACAAUGCUUAUAGUAAUAGAAACUAAAAAUCCCAUGCUCUUUAACUCGGAUUGUCCUAACGGUAAUUUCGUUAUAUCUUUACUUGGAAUAGACGUUUAAACGUUCAUAUAUACAUGUAACUACAGGAGGAAGAUGUGUUUUAUCUUUAAUAUCGUUGUUCUUACAACUUCUUCCAGUUCUUUGCGACAAAUUUCAACACUUUUUUAAACUGAAUACUAAAGUACUUAGUUCUUUGUAGGUUUGCAUAGCGAUAAAACAUAUAAUACUAUUGUUUGUAGAAACACCUCGUAAAUUUAUUGCUGCAAAGCUUUCGAUCCGUAAGCCCCGAAUCUUUUUGGCGGUUGAUAGUCAUAAGUUCUUUCGCAAAAUGAGAGAAUCAAUUGAAAUUGAGAAGCACAAUACUUAUAGAUCAGGAGGAAAGAUAGUUCGUGGCGUACUCUCUUUAAUGUCCAAAGUUAAUAUCUCUUGUCUUGGAUGCGCGCACGUUAAUUAGAUUCACUUCACCUAAAAUGGCGUGUUUGAUAUACCGUUUAAUUAAAUUUCAAAUGACGCAAGCCAACAGAUCACAACACUUUGGUAUAUAACAGGGCGUGUGAACUGAACAAGUUACAUAUUAUUAGCACCACAGAGCAGAUAUAUAUACAGAGUUAUAACUAGUGUACCCUCUUUUUUGCGCGAAUGCUCGGCAAGUUACAUACCUUGUGCAUGCAUCUGAUUGGAUGGCGAUGCGCUCUAACUGCUCACGGAACUUGUCACAUUUUUUGCUCGGUCGCCUGAAAAAUAGUGGGUACAUGAAAACAUAAACUUCCGCAGUGUUUACAGUUACAGCUCGGUGAUAAAUUUAGGUUGUUGACAACUAUUAAUAAUUAUAUUCUCAUCAAUGUUAUUCAUUUUCCACAGCAUUUGUUUAUCCAACUGAAGCAUACUUUCAGGGCCGUAGUUAGAACGAUAAUUGGGGGGUGGGGGUAUGUAUAUUCAUAUAUUCGUGUUCUGCCCGACGGAUUUCUUUUGAAAUCGAUUGCUUUUACGUUAUGUAAACAUGAAUAUAUGAAUAAUAUGCACCCCCCCCCCCCCAAAUUAUCGUGUAUAGCUACGGCCCUGCAUACUUUUAUUCACAGCGUUCCUAUUUAUUAGGAAAAAUGGGAACUGCAUGGAAUUUCAAAGUUCGAUAUUUUGGUCGAACAAAGUCCCUAGUCUAGUCUAGUCACUAGUCACUUUUGUUUUUUAAAUGUUGAUUUCCCAUGGCUUUUCGCUACGAGAUGUACACGAAUAUUUUCACUUCCUGCGCCUUUUGACUGGUUAAAUUAAAAUAAAAUAAAAUGUGAUGGUGGGUGGUAAACGACUUGAUAGACAUUUGUAUCAGGCGUUCAUUUUCAAUGCCUGAUCGCAGGUAACAUGGACAGAUACUAAAAUCACAAUAUCAUGCUAUUUUAUCUGAAAUAUCAAGCAAUGUUUAGAUACGACGAGGUUCAGGAUAUUCACUAGCACUUCCCUCACCAAGAACUCCAGUAUUUCGAGUAAAGAUUAGAUUCCAUUCCAUAACUUCAAAAUGCAAUUUCUCCUCCGCUGCAGGGUGAGUAAAAAAACAAUUAGAAGGUACUCCGGCACGAAAUAACUAGUUAUGAAAUUCACAGCUUUCAAAACUGUUCUCGACAACACACCCAAGUAAGUCAUCUUGGCUAUAGCAGAGCCUUUUUAACAUACACGAAAUCGCAUUUUGCCCCCCCCCCCCCUUUACGCUUUUUCCUUUUUCCUUGUUUAACAAAAUCGAUUUAAAUUGUUGCGUUUUUCCACCACUAAGUGAUGAUAAAUUACUGUUAAUAAUUUUUUAUUUUUUUAUUUUUUGUGCGUUUUUCCCUUCUUUUAUUUCAAAUACAAGUAUAGUACUAGUAAGCAUGGAAUUUAGAGCAAAUGUGGAUGCUCAGAAUGCAGGAAAUGGCAUUCCAGGCUUCAAAUUUCAAACAUUUUCUAGUGGAGUAUGCCCUGACACACGUGGCCUUCGGCCAUUGCUAUCUCUCUCUACUAAGUAAUGAUAAAUUAUGGUUAUUAAUAUUUUUUGCGCGUUUUUUCCUUCAUUUAUUUCAAAUACAAGUAUAGUUAGCAUAAAUUUUAGAGCAAAUUUGGAUGCUCAGGAUGCAGGAAAUGGCAUUUCCAAGCUUUACAUUUCAAAAAUGUCAUUGAGGAGUACGCCCCAGACCCCCCUAGGGAUUCAUGCGUGGUAUGUCGGCCCCACACGUGGCCUUCAGUCAUUGGUACCCCCUCUAAUAUAUUAACUCACAGAAAGGUCCCUUUUCAAAGUACCCCGCCUCGGGAAAAUCCUUAAAAAAGACCCUGGGCUAUAGAGCCUCGUUUGUGGUAUUCGACAUGUUCGGCUCUGUUACAUGCACGAAGACGAUCGAGAUUCCAUCGGCAAAAUGACGCGCUUUCCAGAAGGGAAUAUUCUGAUCACAAUACUAGGGACUUCCUUAUUUGUGUGAUAAGUGAAUAGUAUAAAGAUAACCUAAAGUUGAAAAUCUAUUAAAGAGGACAUCGUUGUAUUAUUACAAAUUUAAAGUUCACUGCUUGCAAAUAAAUCCACUUCGAAAUUAUAUUAAAUAUAUGAAAUAAUAUUUCUCUGAAUAUAUUCAGCACUCAAGUUUUAAUACGGUCUUGCUUCAGGAAAAUAUCGGCCGCCAUCUUUAAUUGUAGACUUAAGCCGGGUUCGUGCUAUUAAAGUUUCGGUGAUUACAGUAAGUCUGGAAUUGUGCAUACAAAAAUUAUAAGUUUUGAAGGAUUUGUAAGAAAUGCUUGAGGAACGCAGUGUUAUACAUUAAUCAGUUUGCUCAAACAUUUCUAAUCAAUGUUCCAAAAAUUCCUACAGUGAUCACAGAAACUUUGAUAGUGGUACCCAGCCUCAGCAUCAUGACCUCAAUAAUGUAAACAGAGAUAUAUUUAAUAUUUGUAUCGCAAGGAGUUCACAAAGUAUGACUAAGCACGCAUACUGUAUUAUAUUUUCAAUAAGUGCGUCUGAUUGUUUCUGGAAAUGUUGAGUUUGAUUAUUAUCAUGUACAGAACGACAAAUGUGAUAUAUUCAAGCAAAAACAUGCAUUUUCAACAAGCAGAAUCACUUAUAAAAAAUUCUAACCCUUCAUUUAAAGUGUAAUAACAACUGCCGCCACAUCAAUUUUAAAAGAUAUCCAUUGCUCUUAUCCUCCACGUGAAUGUCUACUUUCACUUUCGUUAGUGUUUUAUGAUAUUACCAAUAUUUCCUUUGGCAAGUCAGUAUUCAGCACAAUAUUGGACUAACCUCAUGAGAUUAAUCAGGACGAAAGACUGCUAGAGGACUAUAGCUUUUUCUUGGAUAUACCUACUUUGCCGAUAAAAGCGCUCAUUUAUGAAAGAUUAUUAUUAUUAUUAUUAUUAUUAUAGAAAGAUUACACAUUGAAUAGCUACAGUAGGUAACUAAAUUAGAACGCGCAUUACAUAUAUAUAGAAAAUAUACAUUAAUUACUGAACUAUCUACAUUAGGUAUUAUAAAAGUUUCAAAUGAGAUAUUUAUAUUAAAAAAAGAGAGUUAUUAACAAAGGUUCAAAUGGCGAAACAAAUGGACUGAUCCAAAAACUAUCACUACGUGUUAAAAAUGUUUCGAUAAAAAUAUAUAAAGUUAUAUUAUAUAUUAUAUUAUAAAAUAGAGUUAUUAUAGAGUUCAAUUGACGAAACGAUUGGACUGUUCCGAAAACGUUCUGUUCUGUAGUGGUAAUUGUAAAACAAUUGACCAUUCUGACGUGUAACCCUUUGCCGUACCUUGCAAAGUUUAUUAGGAAGAAGAUGGUGCAGUUUGUGUUGCGGGUCAGACAUUUUACUGAUAAGAUCAAUGCACAUAGUAUUGCGACGUUGUUCAAGCGUAUGCAUUCCAGCUUUCAACAAUAACUUUUCGUAAUCUUUUUCGGAAUAAAUUAUUCUCAAAGCCCUUCUUUGUACUUUCUCAAUACUGCUGCUCUGUGCUUUAGUAAGGCCCCCAUGCCAGACUUGCGCUCCAUAUUCAAGUGUCGGCCUGAUGGCAGAGAUGUAAAACCGUUUCAUAUCAAUCUUGUCAGCACCGUAUUUCUUUAAAGUUUUUAAUAAAAAGAGUCGCUUAACUGCUUUCCCUAUUAUAUAAUCAGUAUUAGUUUGCCACUUUAAAUUAUCGUCAAUCCAUAAGCCCAAUAGUUUGAAAGUUGAAACCCUUUCCAACGUUGUAUCAUUGAAUGUUAGUGGUGGAAUAACUGUUUUGUUCUGACGGAAGUCUAACUGCAUUUCCUUACAUUUUUUCAGGUUCAACUCCAUUUUUUGAGACGUGGCAAAAUCCAUAACUUUCAUAAUAUUAUUGUUCAUAUUCCCAACUUGCGUACCCGAGACAUGAUCACGGACGUUAAUAAUCUCUGACAAUGUUGUAUCAUCCAUGAAAAGAGUGAGGUCAUCAUCACCAUCAUCAUUAUCAUCAUUGCUUGAAUUAGUCAAACUGCUCUCGGUAUCUUUUAUCACUGCCUUCAGUCCGUUAAUGUGAACGACGAACGCGAUUGGACCAAUACGACUACCUUGGGGAACUCCCCCAUUAAUCAUGCAUCUUGUAGAAAGUUCGUUACCAAAUCCUGUGACUUGCAUCCUCUUACUCAGAUAUGACCCCAACCAGCCAAUAAGCCCCGGUCUGACUCCAAUUUUACAACAGUUGUCUAAUAGCAGGUUGUGAUCAAUAAGAUCAAAUGCCUUGCGAAAGUCCAAAAACACAAUUCGUAUUACUCGUUGUGAUAAGUCCAACGCUUUAUUCCAUUUGUGUAGAAGGUGAACGAGUGCAAGAACUGCUGACGAGCGUGGGACACCACCAUACUGUUCCUUACAAAUUUUAGACUCAAUAUCGUCAUACAUCCAAUCAACCACGUAAGACUCCUGUAUUUUUGAAAUUGUGCUAGUGAGAGCUAUUGGUCUUAUUUCAUCCAGAUUCGUGCACGGUUCCACUUUUGGUAUAGGUGCUAGGCGGAACUCUUUCCACAGUUUUGGAAACACCUUCUGCCCAAAUGAUGCAUUAAAAAUGUUUGCUAAUGGGACGGCAAAAGAAUGCGCAAACAUUUUGAUUAUCUUGAGGUAGGGGUCGUUUGGACCGGGAGCUUUGUGAGACUGAAUGGACAAAAGCUUUUUCGCAACGCUUUCGGGUGUAACAGUCGGCAAGACAUCUGAAUGACCGUACAAUGACCAUCUGGAUUGAAUUUCUGGGAAAUCAUUUGUUAGAUCUGCAAAAAAC